AUGUUUUUCUCAACGGAAUUGCUCGAGAGGAGAGACAGUGGUUUUGGCCUACUAUGGUUGGCUGCUACCCUAGGCGCAAAAUCGUCAUUCAGGAAACUUCCAAAGCGCUCCGUCCUUACCGCUGAUAUAUCGCAACUCUGCGAUCUCAUUGCGGAGCCGACGGAACCUCUUGCGUUGCGAUUGUCCAGCAAUUUGAUGAUUGGUGUAGCUCGCGUAUACAAAGUCAAACAGGAAAUAUUUCUCACCGAUGUUACUACUUGUUUCAACUCGCUCAAGAAGGCCGUGCAAGAGUUCAAUAGCUUGUCGAAGGGCGCUACUGAACUUCAGAUGGGGCAACCUAGUCUGCGUCCAGAUGCAUUGACGUUGGUUGUUGACCCCGGAACGGCAUUCGCCAUGGAUUUCGGAAAUAUAUUUGCUGAUUGGGAUGAACAUCCACAAGGAGGCAAGGCCUUCUCGGACGCGGAGGAAUCCGAUGACGAGUUCGACCCCACAGCGAAGAAGAAGCAGAAGCAGAAGCCCAGGGAGAAACCCUCAUCCCUGGUAGAGAACGGACGGCCAAACUUGCAUAUGCUCGACGAACACCACGACCAUCUGCUUUCUGGAUCGUUUGAUGUGUCGUUCAAUGGCAACGCCUUCGAGGGCGCUGUCCCUUCUUCGUCUCAGUUCGACGGUGGCUUCGGUUUUAGUGAUGAUUUAUUUGCUCUUCCAGAGGGAAUUGACCUUGGGGGAGAAAUAGGAGAUGAACUGGCCAGGGAGCUCGGAGAGGGCUGGGGAAUUUCCCAGAACCAGCAAGGCAACGAGGUUCAGCAAGAUGCCGACGGUUUCAAUUUCGGAAUGGACGAUGGUGGUCUUGGCAUGGAUGUUGACUUCGAAGGACCGCGUCUGUUUGGAGAUGAAAACACUCGAAAUACUGCAGCUGACGGUAGUCCCAACCCUAUUCUUGAUGCUAACAAAGAGAACGUCUCCCCUCUGCACACUGUCGUUGUAUCCCUCGCGCCAUUCAGUCCAAUCCGUACCUUGGAGGCAGAUGCUCAGGCGAAUGCGGUCGGUCAAGAUGAAGACCAGGGAAAGCCAGCACGAAAGAGAGCGAAGCGUGUCAGAUUGCUACUUGACGCAAGGACAGAGUUGACCGACGAUGAACUAAAGGCUGCUCGUGCGAAUUAUAUGGAAGGCCAAGACAUAUUGAGACAGGAACUCGUCCAGAAGAAGCUUGAGAAGGAGAGCGGGAGGCUCCUCGAGGAAAUGAUAUGGGGUGUUCCUAAGGGCUUACAAGCGCCCGUACUUGUCGAUUUCUGGUUGGAGAAUUUCAGAAUGCAAGUGGAAGCGCGAUCUGGUGCUUUGUACCUUGAGUCCUCGGGGCAACCACCCACGAAGCGCAGAAAGAUCGGAGAACCUACUCCGGAAAAUGUUGAGAACGAUGCUAACGCAAUACCAAUGUCAGGCGUGCAACAUGGUGGAGAUUGGGGGAUGGAUGUGGGUGGGAACUUCAUGAUGGGCGGCGGCGAUGGGUUUGGCGAUUUUCAGAAUAUGCAAUACGACCCGAAUAUCGAGCCAGUGUCGAGGAUGCGUUCUUCUGAGGAGCCCGGCCAAGCUCGUCGUAUUUCGAGACCGCCUUCUGUACUCGGCAGCAACUUUGACUUCGAAGUCGGUCGAGGCCAAGACAUCGUGUCGGGUUCCCAGAGAAGCGCUCUGUUCCCGUGGGACAACGCAGGCGCAAGUUCGUCUGUCGUUGGAGGAACCUUCGACUUUGGCAGGGAAGGUAGUGCCAAGUUGAGCUUCGGCCGUGGAGCUAAGGGAAGCUCCGUGCGAGACAGUCCCCUACAUGUGGGGAGAGUCGUGGACCCUCCUGUCGACUUUGGCCUUGAGGACGUGAAUAUGGGCGGAGAAGGCUUCGAGUUUGCAGUCCCUGGGGAAGAUGAAGGGCAGCUCGAGUCUCAGCAGUCCGAUAUGAAUCUCUUGACCCUUGAGCGCAACUCGUUCAACUUCCUAGAAUAUGCCAAGAUGCAAUUGAAGACCUUUGCCGCACCUACAUCCACUCUUACCUUUGACGAUGUGGUGCCGAAGCUGACUAGCACUCCUCACGUUGCCGCUGCCGCAUUCUACCAUUGCUUAGUUCUAGCAACAAAGGAUCUUAUUGGCGUGUCCCAAGAAGAGGCAUACGGAACCUUCAAGAUCACGGUGAAGUGA